GUCUAGUAACACAGAUGGCGCAGACAUGACCAAGAAGUUGCAAAUCCACCAUAAUUGUUGCAAAGCUUUUAGAAUGACCACAUAUCCUCGUCUUCCUCCUCUUCUUAGCUCUCUUCCUCCCUUCUAUAUCUCAAGAGCAAUCUUGGAUUUCUAAUUAAUUGUUCUCUGUUUCUCAAAACUAAACAAACAAUAAAGAUCAAUCAUGUCUUGCUUUAAGGGAAAGUAUCAUGAUGAAUUGAUUGCCAAUGCUGCUUAUAUUGGCACUCCCGGAAAGGGAAUUCUUGCAGCAGAUGAAUCAACAGGCACAAUAGGCAAGCGUCUAGCUGCCAUCAAUGUCGAGAAUAAUGAGCCCAACAGGCGUGCUUAUCGCGAGCUCCUCUUCUGUGCUCCAGACGUCCUCCAAUAUCUCAGUGGUGUAAUCCUUUUUGAGGAAACACUUUACCAGAAAUGCGCUGAUGGUAAGAGCUUUGUUGAUGUUCUCAAGAAAGGAGGGGUUCUUCCUGGAAUCAAAGUUGACAAGGGCAUCGUUGAGCUUGCUGGAACUAAGGGUGAAACAUCAACUCUUGGUCUUGAUGGCCUAGCUGAGCGCUGCCAGAAGUACUAUGAAGCUGGUGCUCGAUUUGCUAAAUGGCGAGCUGUUCUAAAGAUUGGUCCAACUGAACCAUCUCAGCUUUCUAUUAAUGAGAAUGCAAAUGGCUUGGCACGCUAUGCUAGUAUAUGCCAGGAGAAUGGCUUAGUACCUAUUGUUGAGCCAGAGAUUUUGGUGGAUGGAUCCCAUAAUAUUGAUUGCUGUGCAGACGUGACCGAACGUGUUCUUGCAGCUUGCUAUAAAGCACUAAAUGAUCACCAUGUCCUUCUUGAGGGAACUCUUUUGAAGCCAAACAUGGUGACCCCAGGCUCAGAUUGCGCGAAAGUUUCACAUGAGAUGGUGGCCGAGUAUACAGUCAGGGCUUUGCAGCGAACCGUUCCUCCUGCUGUUCCUGCUGUUGUAUUCCUUUCUGGUGGACAGAGUGAGGAGGAAGCCACUCGCAAUUUGAAUGCAAUGAACCAACUCAAAGGCAAAAAACCUUGGUCUCUUACUUUCUCUUUUGGCCGUGCUCUUCAGCAGAGCACUCUCAAGGCAUGGGCAGGAAAGGAGGAAAAUAUAAAGAAGGCACAGGCUGCUUUGCUUGUGAGAUGCAAAGCUAAUUCAGAAGCUACUUUAGGUACUUACAAGGGUGAUGCUAACCUGGGAGAGGGUGCUGCAGAGAGCCUCCAUGUGAAGGAUUACAAAUACUGAGCCCUGCAAGAAGGUGAUUUGGAGGUUCUUCAUGUGAAGAACCAACACUAAAUCCAUUCCUACUCUAUUUUAAUGAGUUAGGAGAGAUAUUUAAAGAACUAGUUUUUCUUUCUAUUUGCUUUUGUGAUUGUAAUGAUCCUCUGGUGAACCAUGUUGAGAAAAUGUCUCAUAAAAUGAUUUGCCAGAUUUUGCCUACAGAUUUUUCAGUUUAAUAAUCUCUAAAUUGAUGAUUUUGAAUCAUUCUGUAGAUGGAGAUUUACUUAUAAUAUUAAAGAAUCGUAAUCUUCCUUUUUCCUGUCA